AUGAAUCUUAUCCACCUCUUUCUCGCCUUCCUCGCCUUCCUAUCCAUCACCUCCGGUGUUGUGAUAGAAGAGCCCCCCGAGGAUGCGCUCGAAGAGAUGGGCUACGGCGUCGACAACGCCGGCACCGAGUGGAAAGUCCGCCGCAACGGCAUGGUUGUCGACAAAUUCACAAUCGACACCUUCCUACGCCAAAUCACCAUCAAAGACGCCUGGAAAGAGCUCGAUACGAAGCCGCGCCUGAAGAUGCGCGAGAUCAUGGCCCUGGUUUGGGCGCGCGCGGGGAUGCCGCUGAGCCAGCUGUCGGCGGUACGUGUCGAGCGCAUCGACAACGACGAGACGAAGGACGCCAUCGCUGCGGCGCGCCUGAAGACGGGAUUCAAGGUGACGGAGGAUAUGAUCGUCACGCCCGGGAAGAAGGGGGCAGUGCUGACGGAUUCGCCGUUCUAUCUGUCGUUGGCCAAGUUGUGCCUGGAGAAGCCGGAGUUGAGGGGGAAGGGGGUUGAGUCGAUGAGUGUGCCGGCGGGAACUGAGGGGAGACUUGAUACGAUGCUGAUAAAUAUUGAUUAA